AUGGAUUCUCUUGCAAUUCGUGGUACUUCUUUGGCAGCAACUCAACGCCGAAACCAAACCAAUGCACUGCAACGUACCUCCAAUAGUAUACGACUUCAAAGUCCGUCUGCAGUACCGCAACGUCGCAGCCAAGUAGGAGCCAGUAGUAUGCGUUUCGCGUCAGCUCAAUAUUUAAGACCAUCGCCUCCGAAACCUAUGACAAUGCCAGAAUUAACACAAUCUUUAGAAGCCUGGCAAGAUCCUGCAGAUGACGUACAAGAUGUGGAAGCAAAGAAAAGAAUCAAAGAUUGUUUCAAGCAGCGUUCCAAUACUCUGGACUUAUCCUUUCUUUCUCUUAGCACACUUCCUGAUAGCUUUGGAAGAAUGGACCAUUUACGAUAUUUGUCUCUAGCCAACAACAGAUUUUCAGAAAUACCACAGACGUUGUUUAAUUUGACUGGCUUAAAAUUAUUAAAUUUUUCCAGUAACGUUUUGACCGAGGUGCCUGAUAGUUUCAAAGAGUUUCAAAAGCUAGAAUUUUUCAAUGCAGAAUGUAAUCAGCUUCGAAAGGUAUCAAAAGAAUUAGUGCACUUACCAAAUAUCAAGACGGUGAUGUUGAGUCAUAAUCGUAUUCUAAAAUUUCCUGAAAAUAUUCACAAUAUCAAAAAUCUCGCGUUGAAAGACCAAAUUCCACUAGCGUCGUUUGGCGAUUUUUCCAUAGAAUUCAGAGCACCAUGGGAAGAAAGGUUUCAGAAUGAAGGUGGAUCGGGCUAUUUUGAGAUAUGGCUGGCACGUUACGAAGAAAUGCUAAGGCUACCGGAAGCUGAAAAAUAUCGUGAAGCAUUUAAAAAACGUAUCGGUUUAUUGUUGGAUGCAAUGGUAAAAUAUCCAAAUCUACGUACAGAGUGUUAUAAGAAAGCGCAGAAUGUCAUUGCAACGUGUCAUGAUGGCAUUCUAUUCGCUUUAUACGAAAUGGAAAUAAAAAAUACUGAGGAAAGGAUGAUCGCAUCGGAAUUAUCUGAUGAAGCAGUUCUUCGGGAAGUUGAGAGGAUCUUUAAUUUCUAUCGUCUACAAGAAUUUUCUUUAUCACACUCACAAAGUCAUCCGUACGAGAAUGGAACGGCUGCAGAAGAUGAAGAGAUUAGUGCACUUGAAACGGCCUUGUUUUUCUACAUAUCUCCAGCAAAUACUUUGGAAAUGCCAUUGGGCACUGAAAAAAUAUGCUUUAUGCUUUAUCCCGAUAUGGCUCCAGCUAACCAUGAUGAUGUAGCAAAAGCUGUUGCGCAAAUUCAAAGGGAAAAAAUUGAACGAGGUAAAAACUUUUUGAUUGACUUUGUAUUGGACAAAGAAUAUUGGUUGAAUUAUUUAUCUAAUCGUUACGCGGAUUUUAUUGCCGAACAUACGCAAGUUUUCAUGGACCAGAUGGAACAAUUGGAAGCUAAAAAAGACAAAAUUAGCGAUUAUGAUUAUUUGAUAGAGGCAAAUAGGAUCGGUAAAGAGAAGGACGAAUCGGAACAAACAUUGUAUCAUCAAUUGACCAAGAAUAUUGUUGUGGAUUCAUAG